AUGCUCUACACUGCGCUAGCCUUGGUGCCCUUGGUCACACAAGCCAUAGCUGUCAUCACGUUACAUGGUGGAUCUGGUGCAGUAUUAUUAUUACCGAGAUCAAUAAACUAACGAGCCAUUCAGAGGCUGAAGGUCAGUCAGGUCCCUUGUCCGCUGACAAAAGUACACAAUGGUAGCUACUUUGUAUUUGCUCGCAAUUGAGUAGGUUCACUUAAUAGCCUUUGUUGACACCCGUAAGUUUAGAUAUUUGAAAACCUGGAGAUUUUCGCCACUGUGGUUGAACAAAGGGUCCCGUGGCUAAAUGAGAACACGAUAACAUUGCGGUAUGACCGGAAUGUCCUUAGAAUUUGUACAAAACCAUCCUGACGUCCUCCAAUAGAGUCGCGUUAUUUUCGACUGCGUCACAUCAACACAACACCCACCAUAGUACGAAAGAGCUGCCUCAAACUAGAUCAGCUCAUGAUCAGUAGUGCCCUCCUGAGAAUCGAGCCCGCGUAUAAAAGUUAGGCACAAAGAAAACUAACGAACUUUCGUGACGGUGGUGCAGAAAUAUAACAGCGAGGCCAGAUACCCGGAGAGAUACUGAGAUGGGGAUUACUGGAGUGUUGGGCCGGAGGUGUGACGCGGUCAUGAGAAGCGGCCGGGUUUUGAACGGCCAGUGUAAGUGUGGGAGAUCUUCUUUGUGGAACGUCGGGCUUUGUAUCCUUCGCAAAAGCAGCUCGACUGUAACCAACGUGGGGAUGGAAACAUGCGUCGAUCCCACAGCAAACAAGACUGACGUGGCUGUGCGCCCCUUCCACGAGAUCCCUGGACCCAAGGGGCUCCCCAUCAUUGGGAGUCUGUGGGAGUACACAUUCCUUGGAAAGCUUGAUCCCAGGCGCUUUGACGAGGUGCUGUGGAACCGCUACCAGGAGUACGGUAAAAUCUACAAAGAGGACCUCGGGCCACGGGGAACGUUUGUCCGGAUAGCCGAUCCAGGAGAUAUUGAGACCGUCUACAGAAACGAGGGAAGGUACCCGCAUCGCCCGUCGUUUCCGCUUGUAAGGGAAUCCAUGGAGGCGGCUGGACAGGAACUUCUGAAGCACCGAGCACGGUCAGAGUCCAGUUUCAAUGGACAAGGGUUAGAGUGGUACCGUACCCGCAGUGCCGUGAACAGGACACUGCUGAGGAGGAGCGGGGUUGCACUUUUCCACCCAACCUUGAAUGAGAUCUCGGAUGACUUCCUGGCUCUCCUGAAGCGGAGCCUAGACGAGAACAAUACAGUACCUGACAUCACGUGGCAGAUACGGCGUUACAACACGGAAGUGGCUGGGACCACUAUCUUCGGCCGUCGCCCGGGCUGCCUGGAGCCAGACUUCUCGGGGUCCUGCCAAACGUCUGAAAUGAUCAAGAGCAUCGACGACUUCUUCGCCUCCUGGCUGAAACUGGAGAUAGGGUUCCCACUGACCAAGUACCUCCUGAAGGACACCUGGAACGGCUACAUGAACGCGCACAGAAAUAUCCUCAGAAUUGUGAAAUACCACAUGGACUUGGAUGUGGAGUACGAAGACAGCCGACCGAGCGUGUUGGGUUAUCUGCUGUCUGAGUCCAGCCUGUCCGACACGGAUGCCGCCAUGUCGGCUGUGGAACUUUUUGUGGGCGGCAUGCAGUCAAGUUCCCAUGCAGACAUGUUCCAACUGUACGAGCUGGCCCGGCACCCACACGUUCAGGAGACCAUCCGGAGGGAGGUUACAGAGGCGCUACCUAAAGGGGAAGCUGUGACGAGUGCCCACCUGCACAAGCUGCCCUACCUCAAGGCUUUUGUGAAGGAGACCUUUAGGUUCCACCCAGUCGGUCUCCUUCACAUGCGGAUUCUGGACCGCGAUGUUGUUCUGUCCGGAUAUCGUGUGCCGGCUCAUACAACAAUUGAGAUCCCCAUGAGUGUGCUUGGUCGGUUGGAGGAGUUGUACCCCCAGGCAGACCGGUUCCUACCCGAGCGCUGGCUCCGUAGGGGCCCGAACGGAUUCCGAUCCCGCAUGUUCAGCCACGUGACUCCCUUCGGCCACGGGCCACGCGCCUGCAUAGGUCGCCGACUUGCCGAAGACAAGUUCUACAUUCAAAUAGCUAAGUUAGUACAGAACUUCGACCUCCACUGUGACGAGGAGGCGGACACAGUGACAGGGUGUUUCCAGGAGCUCUCCCCCACCCCAAACAUCCGCUUCACUCCCCGGUAAACGGACAGUCCACGCCUGCCACAGGCCUCAAUC